AUGGGUGAACCUCCUUUGAAUCUUGCAUGGAUGUAUGAUCGUUGUUAUAGUGGUAGAAGGGGAUUGAAGGAGUCUUUUGUCUUAGGCGUUGAAGAGUUUGUUCAAGUAGCAAGACAGUCUAGAUAUUUUAAACUUGAAGGUGUGAUUAGAUGCCCUUGCAUUAAGUGUGACUGUACAAGGAUUUUGACAUAUGAGAUUGUAAAAGUUCACCUUUAUAAAAAAAGGUUCAUACCAAAUUACUGGAUUUGGACAUUACAUGGUGAAGAUAUGCCAGUUGUUGAUUUAAAUGAAGGUGAUAAUUUUCUCCUUAGACAGGGUGUACAUACUGCUGAAAUGGAGCAAUUGUGUGACAUGGAAGAGAUGGUCAAUAACGCUUUAUGUCAAUUUCAAUCAAACCAACAACCCAACGACACUAACUUAGAAGAGUGUCCUAAUGAAUCCACACAAAGGUUUUAUAAUUUGUUGGCGGAGGCAAAUCAACCUUUAUUUGAAGGGGCAAGAGACUCUAAAUUGUCAGUAUGUGUUAGACUUCUAUCUUAUAAGUCUAAUUGGAAUAUUCCCAACCAAUGCUUAGAGGCUUUCACCAAACUUUUGUUAGAUCUCACACCACCAAAUAUGAGCUCGCCAAAGAGUUUUUAUGACUCUAAGAGGUUAGUAUCAAAGUUGGGAUUGAAGGCUAAGAAGAUUGAUUGUUGUGUGAGUGGUUGUAUGCUCUUUUAUGACAAUGAUAGUGGAAAAAGAGAUGCAGCAUUACUUGAAUGUAAAUUUUGUCACAAACCAAGAUAUCAUCCACUUCAUCAGGGAUUAAGGCGCAAAAAACCAAUUGUAGUUAAGUCAAUGUUCUAUUUGCCUAUAAUCCCAAGAUUACAAAGAAUGUUUGCUUCUAUGCAAACCGCACCACAUAUGACUUGA